CACUCGAGAGCCGACCAUGCACGUACUAGUAGUACGCGUUCUAUGCCGCAGAGUAGAUAUGUAUCAAUCAUCAUUCCUUGGUAGCCCAUCAGCGAAUCAUCGCCACAAACCUACUCUUCUAUCAUGCCCAGCAUCAGCGAUUCUAAGUGCGUCCUCAUCGUUGGAUCCACUGCGGGAAUAGGUCGUGCCCUUGCUCUUGCAAUCUUGGAUCUUCCUUCUCAGCCAACCGUCAUUGUCUGCGGUCGCCGCAAGGAAAGGCUUGACGAAUUGGUUGCCUCCCACAAUGCCACCGGACGACUCAAGAGUGUUACUCUUGACGUUCUUUCAGAGCGCAACGCUCUAAAAUCUUCUAUCCAAGAUAUCGUCAACACUUACCCAGACCUUGACGCUGUCUUGUUCUCGAGUGGCAUUCAGCGUGCCUUCGACUUCACCAAGCCAGAAACCGUUGAUCUCGAUUCUCUCGAGUCUGAACUCGCCACCAAUUACACGUCAAUUGUCAGCAUGAUCACUUUCUUCCUCCCUCAUCUUAUCAAGCUUGGGGAGCAAAGGCGUCCGACAUUCUUAUACACAGUUUCUUCAGGACUGUCCAUUAUUCCCGCCCCUGGAAUCGCCAACUAUUGCGCGACAAAAUCUGCCAUCCACAGCUUGAGUAUCUCACUCGCUGUUCAGCUCAAGGAGAAGAAUGUUCACGUGGUCGAGAUUAUUCCUCCGCUUGUCGAGUCGGAGUUGCACGACUUCGAAGGCACCACGCAACGUCUGUCCAAUUUCUGGCUUUCGCUCGAAGAAUACACGAAGGUGACGAUGGAGGGCCUUGUUCGAGGUGACCCGUAUGUUCCAGCGGGGAUGGUCGUCAACCAGCAUAAACAGUUUGAGGAAGGGAAGUUGGAGGCUGCAACGAAGAUGCAUGGGCAUCUCAAGGCAAUGACUCAGACAUAGAAGACACGCACUGGAACGUAGUCUCCCUCUGCAAACUGACUCAGAAUGUAUAGUAAUGGUCGUUGAGCUUACUCUGUUGUGUAAUUGGAGUAUUCUCCUGAAUUUAGGGGUGCUGCACUGCUGGGAGAUUA